AUUACUUUUUUGUACUGAUCUACUGUUUUUACCGUUCUUGGUUAUUACUUUUUUCUGACAAUAAUGAAGUUUAUGAUUUGAUAAGCACGUCUUUUUAUAAGACAUAAUUAUAUUAAAUUGUAUACAUGAUUUGGAUUUUUCGAGCUUUUUAAACUUGAUUUUGGUCUUAGUUUGGUUUCAAUCACAAUGGCGGAGGUUGCCUCUAUUAUGAAACAAGAGGAUAUUGGAGGAGCGCCCCCAAAUAUCAGAGUGAUAAGGCCCUAUAGGAUAGUGGAACCACGUGACCCCAUCAGGUGGGGGGAGGAAGCAAAGUACCACAACCCGAAGACAGAAUACACCGAAAAGUACCUGCAGAGGGUGGGGAGGUACAGGAAGAUGGAACCGAUCAUGCCGACCGGCCAGAUUGCCCCACAGAUCGGAGAAUUCGACCAGAAGCCAUCUGUUUACAAGGAAGAUUUCAUCACCCUGGAUACAGCCAAGCCUCCAGUUCACAGACCAAUCCAGUCCCUCCAGUUCGGACCAGAACCUCCGGGAACUCAGAGAGUAUCCACUUACAAAGACACUUACCCGAAGAUACUGGCUUACCAGAAACGACAGGCCAUUCCGAACAGAGCCGACCACUGGAUUGAUAAGCCAGAGAAGGUGUACGGGGAUACUACGACGACAUAUGAAAGGAGCUUUUUGCCCCAUUUUGGAGAAUCGAGGCGAACCCUGAUGAAGAAAGAAAUCCCGUUCAUGGAGCCAGACGUUGGAUUUGCCAGAGACACCACCCACAAAUCCGACCUGAAAGAGUACGACAGUGAAGCUUACAAGUCGGCUAGGUUGUCAUUUCGGCCACAGUAUGUGGCUACAAUCCCAGCACCCUUUGACAGCCAAUCAGAGAACAGAUUGAAGUUCAUUCCUUAUGAUGGAAAACACUACUUGGCCGCAUUCGACGAUCUAUGCAACCCACAAAUAGUUAGAGCAGACAGUUCCACAGCGAGACCCCGAGGGGGAGCAGGAGCGAGUGCCGACGGGGGCGGGGACAUUGACCAGAUAUCAAAGAGGGGGAAGGGUCCGCCGUCGCCACAAGUACCGGCAGAUAUUGAGGCGAUGAUCACAGCUAGAACUGUGGGCAAUUUGGGCCAAGAGGGAAAUAUGAAGAGUGGGAGACUGGAGGCUUUGAAACAAAAGAGUUCGGGAAAGUCCCGGCCGCCUAAUUUUGCCACCACUUACAGAAGAUCAUUCAACGCCGGCUCGUCCAGGAAAUAAAACUGAACAAAAUUGGGCUCUUUCUUCAAUUCUCCCCCCUCCCCUCCUCCCCCUCCUACUUCUAGGUCAUAUUAUCAUAGGUUUUGUGACUUU